UCGUAUACCAUUCUCAUAAUCGAAGUAUUUGUUGUGGUGGCCGUCACUCCGGUAACAAGAACUUCAAAGUAUCUAUACAAGAAUUAUGGAUCGAGAAGAUACGUUUGUUAGAUACAGGAAAAAUCGGCGCCAACGAGGCGAUAAAUGAAACUACGGAACGUCAUCUGAAAAUUAAUAUGGCCACAAACGGUUGUCAUUACGUGAUAACGAGAUAUAAAUGUUGAAAUAACAGUGAAAGUACGAAGAAAUCGCGAAAGAUAUUGUGAAUAUAAGAUUGUUAUUAUAAUAGGAGAGAAAAAAAAAAUUUGUUAAUUAGUAUACUACAAAAUAUGCAUUCCAACUUAUUAUUUCAAAAUGUAGAAAUAGAAUUUAUUCUAAUACGAUAGAGAUUAAUCGUAAAGUCUUUCAAAAAAUAAAUGUUAUCAGCUUAUGGUUAUUCUGAAACGGUAUACCUUCGCGAUGUAUAUAUACACAGUUAUUCCACCUGUUACCUACAUACACAAUACUAUUUAACGUUAUCGGCUGAAACAAACAUGACCCCCUAAAUGUAAAAUAGUAUAAACUAUUUUCAAGAUGAGUUGUUCUGUGGAAUUAAGACAACGCAGACAACAGGGGAUGACGGAGGAUCCUCAUAGACUUGCAGCAAUGAUGAAUAAAUCUCAAAGACUUGUUUUAGGACUUUUGGUUUUAUUAUUGGUUGAUAUCAUUUGGGUUUCAAGCUCUGAAUUGACGAAAUAUAUUUAUAGAGAAGCAGCUUUUGAAAAGCCAUUUUUUAGUACAUAUAUAAAAACAUCCAUGUUUACUCUUUAUUUACUUGGUUUAUGCUUUUGGCCCCCAUGGCGGGAUCAAUGUAAUAGGCCAGCGACUUAUAUGUUCAUAGACCCGAAUGUCGAAGAUGAUAAUUUCUACACAGAAGCUAAUACAAGUUUGAGUGAUCCAACAUUUGUGCCGAUAAAGACACCAGAUCAUUGUGAACGUUCUUCUGGUACAGAAAGUGACGAUUCUUCCAUUCGAUCUGUAAGAUUUAGCAAAUUAGCAGAAGUCAGACACAUGUCAGAAAGCGAUGCUACAGAAGCUUUACUAGCUAGACUAAGUUAUCAAGCAAGCAUCAGAGCUGGGGAGCAUGCUCGACGUCAAGCUAAUAAAUUUUCUGUUCAGAAAGUAGCUAAAAUUGCACUUAUGUUUUGUUUAUUUUGGUUCUUAGCAAAUUACACUUAUCAAAUAGCAUUAUCUGAAACAGAAGCUAGUGUUGUCACAAUACUAUCUUCUACGUCGAGUUUAUUCACUCUAUUCCUUGCUGCCUUUUUUCCAAGUAAUGGAGGAGAUAAGUUUACAUUAUCGAAACUAGUUGCUGUAUCUGUUAGCAUAUUUGGAUUAGUAUUAGUCGGUCUUUCAGAUUUAACAAUAGAAAGUAGUAGAAUACCAACAGGUAUAAUAUUGGCUCUAGUCAGCGCAUUUUUUUAUGCAGCAUAUAUUGUAUUUUUGAAAAGAAAAGUCGAUCACGAAGAUAAAAUGAAUAUACCAAUGUUUUUUGGAUUUGUGGGACUUUUCAAUUUAACACUUUUGUGGCCACUAUUUUUUAUUCUUCAUUAUGGCCACUGGGAAGAAUUUGAAUGGCCUGAUACUCAUCAAUGGACAUUUUUGAUCAUCAAUGGAUUAAUUGGCACUGUAUUAAGUGAAGUUCUUUGGCUAUGGGGUUGUUUUCUGACAUCAUCAUUAAUAGCAACAUUGGCUAUUAGUUUAACAAUGCCAAUGUCAAUGAUAGCUGAUGUUCUAUUAAAAAAGGUUGAGUAUCCUUGCAUUUUUUACUUAGGAACCAUUCCAAUGCUGUUAGCAUUUUUGACUGUAUCUAUACUAUCCCAUUAUGAUAACUGGGAUCCUGUUAUGGAUUUAAUAAAGAGACUGUAUCUCUGGAUUUGUCGAAAGAACAGAUCUACAAGGAUACCAGAUCUUGAAGCAGAACAGACAGAAUCACUCAUAGGAAUAAAUAAUGGUGAGCACGAAGCUUGAUUCGACAAUAAAAGCAGUCGCAUAAUGCAAAUGUUUUCUGUAAAUCUCUACAAAGGUAAUCUAUAUUUUGUUUAUGUCUAAAGCCAUUUUAUAAACGAUAUAUGCUAAGUUCAAAUAUUCUUUAUAUAUGUAUAAACAUACAUGAUAUACUGAUAUAUACAUAUAUAUGUAUGUAUGUAUAUAUCAGUAUUCUAUGAAGCAAUUGUUAAACAUAAAAUAUCUUGAGAAAUUUAUGUUUAUUGUGAAAAAAUGAUAAUAGAAGAAAAAAAACGGCUUUAACACCAAUGAUAGAAUGAAGAUAUUAUAUAACUGGUCAAAGUAAUUAUAACAUAAGCAUUUUAUCUCUUUAGCUCGCAAAAAAAAUAUUACAAUACUGCCAGACAAUAAUAAUAAUUUAUUUGAAAUGAAGCUUACAUGUUCUUUUUUUAAAAUAUUGUAUAUCUGUGAACUACCUCUGUGUAAGAAAGUAUUGGCAUUAAUCAACAAUUUCAUGUAAUAUAUAUAUAUAUGAAUUAUGUUCCAUCUUAUCUAUAAUUUGAUUUAGAAACAGCUUUGUAUUAAGAGAAUCAAUAAGAGAACAUAUAUUAUCUAAUAUUUCAACGGUUUCAUAAUGAUUCAAAAAUUCUAUUUGAAGAAAUACAUUUUCUCUAAGGAUUUGUUAUAUUUCAUAAAGAGAUAAAAGAUUUUACAAUAUUGUUUGAUUAAAUAAUAUUUGAAUUCAUUCAGAAGAUUAUAAUGAUAUAUAAUAUGUAACAUAAGAACAACAUAAUUCAAAUUAUGUAAAUAUACUCAAAAUAUCAUUUGAUGUGCAAUACUUCAAUUUAUUAAACUUUAUAGAUGUUACAAGAUACAUGACUAAGUAUUUUAUAACGUGUUCUAUUGUUGUCGUAAUUUAUCUUCUUUUGCUAUAAUCUUAUUUAAUAUUUUAAAAAUCAAACAAAUUUUUGUUACAAUUCUAAAAAAAAAGAAAAAAAGAGAGAGA